CUAGAGCAGUGGGCGGGGUCACGUGGGCCCAGGGUCCUGGGCUGGGACGGCUGCAGGCUCAGAAGAGAUCGUCAUUCAGUUCAUCAUGAUCUAAGGCCAAAAAACAAAACAAAAACUUGCUUGGAUUGACUGAAUACAGUUAUUAAAAGUUAAUAUGGAAAAUGAACCAGACCACGAAAAUGUGGAACAAAGCCUCUGUGCCAAGACUGCUGAUGAAGAACUGAAUAAGUCUUUCAAUCUAGAAGCUUCACUUUCAAAAUUCUCUUACAUAGAUCUGGACAAGGAACUGGAGCUCAAAAAUGACCUGAUUGAUGAUAAGGAGUUUGAUAUUCCUCAAGUUGAUACUCCUCCAACACUGGAAAGCAUACUCAAUGAAACUGAUGAUGAAGAUGAAUCUUUUGUUCUUGAAGAUCCUACAUUGUUAAACAUCGAUGCUAUUGAUUCUCACUCCUAUGAUACUUCGUCUGUGGCAAGCUCAGAUAGUGGUGACAGGACCAACUUAAAAAGGAAAAAGAAAUUACCUGAUUCUUUUUCACUCCAUGGAUCAGUUAUGCGACAUUCACUUUUAAAGGGAAUUUCUGCUCAGAUAGUGUCUGCAGCUGACAAAGUGGAUGCUGGCUUGCCUACAGCAAUUGCAGUGUCCAGUCUGAUAGCAGUGGGUACAUCUCAUGGAUUGGCUUUGAUAUUUGAUCAGAAUCAAGCUUUGCGACUCUGUCUGGGUAGCACUAGUGUUGGGGGCCAAUAUGGAGCCAUCUCUGCCCUCAGUAUCAACAAUGACUGCUCAAGACUUCUCUGUGGCUUUGCUAAAGGACAGAUCACUAUGUGGGAUUUGGCCAGUGGAAAACUUCUAAGAUCAAUAACAGAUGCUCAUCCUCCAGGAACAGCAAUAUUGCAUAUUAAGUUUACAGAUGAUCCAACUCUUGCAAUUUGCAACGACAGCGGAGGCUCUGUUUUUGAAUUGACAUUUAAGAGAGUGAUGGGAGUGAGAACAUGUGAAUCUAGGUGCCUCUUCAGUGGUUCUAAGGGCGAAGUUUGCUGUAUUGAGCCUCUCCAUUCUAAGCCUGAGUUGAAAGAUCAUCCCAUCACACAGUUUUCCUUAUUGGCCAUGGCAUCCUUAACAAAGAUACUGGUCAUUGGAUUGAAGCCAUCCUUGAAAGUGUGGAUGACUUUUCCUUAUGGACGGAUGGAUCCUUCCAGUGUUCCACUGCUGGCCUGGCACUUUGUGGCAGUGCAUAAUUACGUGAAUCCCAUGCUUGCCUUCUGCAGAGGAGAUGUUGUUCAUUUUCUGUUGGUUAAGAGAGACGAAUCUGGAGCAAUACAUGUUACUAAGCAAAAGCAUCUUCACCUGUACUAUGACCUCAUCAACUUUACUUGGAUAAACUCACGCACAAUUGUGCUCUUGGACAGUGUAGAGAAGUUGCAUGUGAUUGAUCGGCAAACUCAAGAGGAAUUGGAGACAGUGGAGAUCUCAGAAGUUCAGUUGGUCUAUAAUAGCAGCCAUUUCAAAUCACUAGCCACUGGAGGAAAUGUGAGCCAGGCACUGGCUUUGGUUGGAGAGAAGGCUUGUUAUCAAUCCAUCAGUAGCUAUGGUGGUCAGAUCUUUUAUUUGGGGACAAAAUCUGUUUAUGUGAUGAUGCUGAGGAGCUGGAGAGAGAGAGUGGAUCACCUCCUGAAACAAGAUUGUCUCACGGAAGCCUUGGCUCUCGCAUGGUCUUUUCAUGAAGGAAAAGCAAAAGCAGUAGUGGGAUUGUCAGGGGAUGCCGGUAAGAGAAAGGCUGUUGUUGCAGAUCGGAUGGUAGAAAUCCUAUUCCAUUAUGCAGAUCGAGCUCUGAAAAAGUGCCCAGACCAGGGGAAAAUCCAAGUGAUGGAGCAGCAUUUUCAGGAUAUGGUGCCUGUCAUAGUGGAUUACUGCCUUCUGCUACAGCGAAAGGAUCUUUUAUUUAGCCAGAUGUAUGACAAAUUAAGUGAGAAUUCUGUGGCCAAAGGAGUGUUUUUGGAGUGCCUUGAACCAUAUAUUUUAAGUGAUAAAUUGUUGGGGAUCACACCUCAGGUAAUGAAAGACUUGCUUGUUCAUUUCCAAGAUAAAAAGUUAAUGGAAAAUGUGGAAGCCCUCAUUGUACAUAUGGAUAUCACCAGCCUAGAUAUUCAACAGGUAGUUCUCAUGUGUUGGGAAAAUCGGCUAUAUGAUGCUAUGAUCUAUGUGUACAACAGAGGCAUGAAUGAAUUUAUUAGUCCAAUGGAGAAACUUUUCCGAGUCAUUGCUCCUCCACUGAAUGCAGGGAAGACGCUAACAGAUGAGCAAGUUGUUAUGGGCAACAAGCUUCUUGUAUAUAUUAGCUGUUGUCUGGCAGGUCGUGCCUAUCCCCUUGGUGACAUCCCUGAAGAUCUUGUGCCCUUGGUUAAAAACCAGGUUUUUGAAUUUCUAAUUCGCCUGCAUUCAGCAGAAGCUUCCCCUGAGGAAGAAAUCUAUCCCUAUGUUCGAACUUUGCUACAUUUUGACACAAGAGAAUUUCUAAAUGUAUUGGCACUGACUUUUGAAGAUUUUAAAAAUGACAAGCAAGCUGUAGAAUAUCAACAACGUAUUGUGGAUAUUUUGUUGAAAGUUAUGGUGGAGAAUUCAGAUUUUACUCCCUCACAAGUAGGGUGUCUCUUUACCUUCCUUGCCCGGCAGCUUGCAAAGCCUGACAACACCUUGUUUGUUAACAGAACCCUUUUUGAUCAGGUCCUCGAAUUCCUCUGUAGUCCUGACGAUGACUCCCGACACUCUGAAAGACAGCAGGUCCUUUUAGAGUUGCUGCAGGCUGGAGGCAUAGUUCAGUUUGAAGAGAGUCGGCUCAUCCGUAUGGCAGAAAAAGCAGAGUUCUAUCAAAUUUGUGAAUUUAUGUAUGAACGAGAACACCAAUAUGACAAAAUUAUCGAUUGCUACCUACGUGACCCACUAAGAGAGGAAGAAGUCUUUAACUACAUUCACAAUAUCUUAUCCAUCCCUGGACACAGUGCAGAGGAGAAGCAGUCUGUAUGGCAGAAAGCAAUGGACCAUAUUGAGGAACUUGUGUCCCUGAAGCCUUGUAAAGCUGCAGAGCUGGUUGCUACUCACUUUUCUGAACAGAUUGAAACAGUCAUUAAAAAACUUCAGAACCAGGUUUUGCUUUUCAAAUUUUUGAGGAGUCUUCUUGAUCCAAGAGAAGGUAUUCACAUAAAUCAAGAAUCGCUGCAGAUCUCUCCCUGUAUCACAGAGCAGUUCAUUGAGCUGUUGUGUCAGUUCAGCCCAAACCAGGUUAUAGACACGCUGCAAGUCCUUGAGUGCUACCGCCUGGAAGAAACCGUCCAGAUUACCCAGAAGUAUCAACUUCAUGAAGUCACUGCUUAUCUAUUAGAAAAGAAAGGAGAUAUUCAUGGUGCCUUCUUAAUAAUGCUAGAGAGACUACAAAGCAAACUUCAAGAGAUAACACAUCAAGAUGAAAGUACCAAAGAGGAUUCCUCAUUGAAGGAUGUUGAGGAGACCAUGGUAGAGACAAUUGCCCUUUGCCAGAGAAAUUCACAUAAUUUGAAUCAGCAGCAAAGAGAGGCACUCUGGUUUCCAUUACUGGAGGCAAUGAUGGCCCCUCAGAAGCUGUCUAGUUCAGCUGCACCUCCUCUACACUCUGAAGCUCUGAAAUCUUUGACCAUGCAAGUUCUAAACAGCAUGGCAGCAUUUAUUGCCCUUCCAUCAAUCCUGCAAAGAAUCUUACAGGACCCAGUUUAUGGAAAAGGAAAACUUGGAGAAAUCCAGGGACUUAUUCUGGGAAUGCUGGAUACCUUUAACUAUGAACAGACCCUGCUGGAAACAACUACUAGCCUUCUAAACCAAGAUCUCCAUUGGUCGUUGUGUAACCUGAGAGCUUCCGUCACCAGAGGACUAAAUCCCAAGCAGGAUUACUGCUCUAUUUGUUUGCAGCAGUACAAGAGACGCCAAGAAAUGGCUGAUGAAAUUAUUGUCUUUAGCUGUGGUCAUUUGUAUCACUCAUUCUGUCUGCAAAACAAAGAGUGCACCGUAGAAAUUGAGGGACAAACGAGAUGGACAUGCUACAAAUGCAGCUCAAGUAACAAAGUAGGAAAGUUAAGUGAAAAUUCAUCUGAAAUUAAAAAGGGAAGGAUAACGCCAUCACAGGUAAAAGUGUCCCCAUCCUGUCAUCCAUCCAAAGGUGAUCCUGCUGUUAAAAAGGCAGCCUCAGAACCUGUUCUGGAUCCACAGCAAAUCCAAGCAUUUGAUCAGCUUUGCCAUCUCUACCGAGGAAGUUCCAGGGGCCCCCUCCCAGACUCUGCCCCACCAGCCUCGGUCGAUGCAUGUCCCCUCCUUUGCAGCUGGCUCUCCUUACAGAACUCUCCCAGAAUCGCAGCAGUGACAGCUGCAGGCCAUUUGGUGGCUCCCAGAGUGGCUCUGCCUUCAACAGCAUCUUCCAGAAGGAGAACUUCCAGCUGCAGCUCAUUCCCCCGCCCGUGACGGAGGACUGAAGCCUCUGGGGAGGAGGGAGACUCGCGUCUCUUCCUGGUGCUGCUGUAGCAUCAGCACCAGACUAGUUGAUUCUGUUUUGCUCAUUAAGCAGAUGACUGUCACAUACCUCCAUCCAGUCAUUUAAGAAAAUUCGUUUUGCCUGUUGGGCCUUUUUCCUGUUUCCCCUGAAGCAUAGAGAAGCAGCACAGCUCCCGCAGCUGCCAUUCCAAGUCUGUCACACCCCAUCCCUUCCAGCUUGUGGACGACACAGAGAGAGGGAGGGACGUGACCUCCUGCUGUGCUGGGACAAGGACUGGGUCAGCUCGGCACAGCACAACGGAAACCUGCACUGGGGGGGGAGCGAGGAGCCUGCGGGGCUGGCGUACCGCCUUGUCCACGUGUUUAUGUUACAACCUGCUUAAGUGUAAGGCCUGCCAUUUCUAACAAUAAACGCCUCCUGUUGGA